AUGGCAAGUUGCAUUCAGACAAAUGUCCGCUGUCCUUCUCUCUAUAUUCCAAAGGUUUCGCAAUCACGACAUCAAAAUGAUGCACCAUUGUGUGUUUUACCAUUGCCUCGUUUUAAUGGUUCUUCUAUGAAGUCUUUGAAAUAUCCCCCAAAUGGUUUGAUACACCAGCAAUUUGCUCAUUUAUUGAAGCACCAAAAAAGCGAGCCUGUGGUGAAGUACUGGAAUAGCUCAGCUGUUUGCUUGCUUGGUGGCAAAGAUAAGUCUGAAAAGGACAACCAGGGACUUGGGUGGAAUCCACUUGAGAAAGUUAGUUUCAAGGGGAAAUCAAUAGAAGAUGUGCUACGCCAGCAGAUUGAAAAACAAGAAUUUUAUGACGGAGGCAGUGGAAAAAAUCCACCAAGUGGUGUUGGGGGUGGGGGUGGCGAUGGUUCUGGAGAAUCUGGGGAUGAAGGCUUUGCUGGAAUCAUUGAUGAAACCAUGCAAGUGAUAUUAGCUACCAUUGGCUUUAUCUUUCUGUAUGUCUACAUUAUCAGCGGCGAGGAGCUGACUCGGCUAGGGAAAGACUAUAUCAAGUUUCUCUUUGGAAAAGGCAAGAGUGUUCGUUUGAAGAGAGCCAUGAACAAGUGGAAAAGGUUCUUUCAGUCGUGGAAUGAGAAGAAGGAAGAAGAUCCCUUUUGGUUGGAGAGGGAGAUCAUCAACACCCGGACUUGGUUUGACAGCCCAGAAAAGUACAAGGAGAUCUUCAGAUCUGUUUAA